AUGCGCAAGCGAUCUGUUGGUGGUCUCAGUGUGCCUCGGGGAAGCAGGGGGUCCGGGUUGACAGGGUGCAGCCAGCAACGUACAGAUACUGACCGGGUUGCUGUGCGCCGGGGGGCAGUUUGCCUGGGUUGUACGAGCCGGAGAGAAGAGGGGAGGGGAGAGGGGGGGGGUCUCUGGAGGCUGAGAGGCGACAAUGCUGGGGAUGGAUGUGCUGCGAGGGAGACGGGAUUGGGCAUCGGGACUCUUAGUAUGCCGGUUCAACGCUGCAAGUACAUUACAGAACAGCCGGGUCUUCUGUCGGCCAGACUCCGGAUACCACCAACACAGGCUGCUGACCCGGUCGAAAGUCAACAGCUGGAGACAGAGGCCCGCCCGGGGAAAGAGCCCCCUCGACGGGGGUUCGAGGACUGGGCUGCUCGUGCACACGGUAUUGGCAAGCUAGCGUCCCGAUUAGUGUACGAUGCAGGCCAACCCGGCCCGAUGGAUGCUGCUCAUCAGUCCCCAGGGACACACACGGCUGCCGCAGGUUCCUCCUACCCACACCCCCGUGGGCGAGCUUGGCGACUCUUUUCCAGCAAGGGAGACAAGCGUGGCUCCGAACCCUGGCUUUCGGCAGUGCGGCAUGGCGUUGCGGACUUCAGACGCUGCAUGCAGUGGUGA